AUGGACAUUCGCGCAAAGAAAAACGGGUUUAAGACUGUACCUCUACCUCCUAGCAAGCCAGAUGAGUCAUACAAAUAUGCCAAACCUGUUGUGGUGAAUUCGGUUUUUCAAAUCGUCAAAGAAGGAGCAAAAGUUUCAAAGUCUGAAUCGGAUCUUAAUGAUGCAAAGCCUGUUUCAGUUAAAGACCGAAUUGGAAAAAUCAAUGGUUUUGCAAUGAAUAACGGCGGAGCAGCUCCGAGCAAAUCCCCUUCCGUGAAAGCAGAAACCGAACUCAACUCAAAGUCUAAGGUAGGGACAACGCCAACUGAUAAUUUAUCGAAUGGAAAUAUUCUAAAACAACCUCAAACUGCAACAUCACCACCGACGCCUGAAAUUCCGGUAAACAAACCGGUGGUAAAACAAGAAAGUUCAGCAAAACCGACUGCAGCACAAGCGGCUCCAGCAAAACCGACUCCAGCCCAACCGACUCCAGCGAGACCGAUUCCAGCACAAUUAACUCCACCGAGGCCGCAAAAUAUGCAGCCAAAGCAAACUACUGGAAGAAGUCCAAGAGUCCAAGGAACUGCAGCGGGGCCAACAGCAGUACCGGUAAUUCGAUAA